UAAACAAAUGGCACAAUUUGAUUUAGAUUUUAUUUUAAUUCGAUUGUAUUUUUGUAGAUAGCCAGGGGCUCCAACACUCAGACAUAAUACAUAGUACAAGGUACCCCCAAAAACUACUUCAGUCGUAUUUUAAAGUAUUUUUACUACAUGUUCACCAUUGUGCACACCUGGGUAAAGUGACAAUGCAUUGAUAAUAAACAGCGAGUAGCAGCAGCGUAGAAAAAGUUUGGGGGUAGAAGCUGUUAAGGAGCCUUUUGGACCUAGACCUGGCACUCCGGUACCGCUUGCCGUGCGAAAGCAGAGAGAACAGUCUACGACUUGGGUGGCUGGAGUCUUUGGCAAUUGCCUCUGAUUAAGAGGUGUCUGCAUCACAUCCUACUGCAGCAAAAGGACAUCGGCUAGCUGGCCAAUGAAGUGGAUCUAUUACACGAACAAGGAUCCUUUCAGUAGGCUACAACAACAUGAGAAAUUCCCUGCAGCUCUCUGUCUCUGAAGAGGAGGUUCUCCCUGAGCAGCAGCACUGUGAGCAGGAGUGGAGCCCCAGUCUGGGGCAGGAGAACCCAGAACUUCCACAGAUUAAAGAGGAACAGGUGGAACUCAGGACCAGUCAGGAGGAAGAGCAGCUUCAAGGGCUGGAGGCUGAUAUCAUAGAGUUCAAAUUCAUUCCUUCCUGUGUGAAAAGUGAAUGUGAUCAGGAGGACCCACUUCAGUCCUUGACUCUUCCCCAAACCCAGAAUGUGGAGAACAGAGAGCGUGACCCUAAACAAGUGGAACUCACACCUUUUGUUACUGUGACCCACCUUAAGGGCCUCUACAUUCCCUGUGACCCUCAAGAUAAUCAAAACAAUCUACCCAGCCAAAGCUCAACCUUAAGCAGCGACCCAACGGCACUUGACAGCAGCCCAUCGUUGGAUCCCAACCCACCAUUGGAUUCCAGUCCGUCAUUGGAUUCCAGUCCGUCAUUGGAUCCAAACCAGUCAAUGGUGGAACACUGUUUCAAACCCAGCACCAUGUCUAGAAAAACUCACCGCUGCCAUGACUGUGGCGAAAUGUUUGCAAUGAAAGCUGACCUGCAGAGGCAUGUGACUCUAUUUAAGAAGAGGCCCAGUGAAUGUCGCUUCUGCAAAAGAAACUACAACUCCACCUGUAAACUAAAGGCCCAUAUCCGACUCUGUCACAGUGGGAAACCCUACACCUGCCCUGUUUGUGGCAAAGACCUUCAAACUCAAAGGGAAUCUGUCCAAGCACAUGAGGAUUCACACAGGAGUGGGAGAGAAACAAUUUAUCUGUGGAGACUGUGGGAAAAGCUUCUAUCAGAAGGGGGACUUAAGUAG